GAAAAAAGCGGGCCGAGGUUCGUCCAUCUAAUUUAGUUUUUUUACCAAAUUCAAAUAAGAUCAUUUAAGAGUGAGGUCGCAAAAAAAUGCCUCCAAGCAUAUCCGGUGCCACGCCUUGUAUUGAUGACGAAAAAUCUGAGGAUGGUCAUUCUUUGGUCUGGACACAAAAAAUUACCGCAAAGGAAAUUGAACAUGAAGAAAAUGAAUCACUACAUACCAGUGGAGUCAAAGUCGAAAAACUAAAAGAAAGAUCAUCCUUCUUCGAAGCUGAUUUAAAAUGGAAAAAUAUUAUUGUAAUUGCCACCUUGCACAUUGUGACCCUCUAUAUCCUAAUAAGCUUUCCCUAUUUGGAAAAGAAAGGACUUUUCUUCUAUACAUUCCUAAUUGGACAAAUUGCUGGAUUUGGAGUCACUGGUGGUGCACAUCGACUAUGGACUCAUCGCGCUUUCAAAGCUAAAUGGCCCCUGAGGGUGAUUCUUCUUUAUUGCUACUGUACAGCUGGACAGAAUCCAAUAUAUGAUUGGGUGAGAGAUCAUCGCAUCCACCAUAAAUAUUCGGAGACAGUAGCAGAUCCACAUGACAGCAGUCGUGGAUUUUUCUUUUCACACGUUGGUUGGCUGAUGAUGAAGAAGCAUCCUGAAGUUAUUAGACGUGGACGGCAAAUAGAUAUGAGUGACAUCGUUUCGGAUCCAGUCGUGGUCUUUGGUGAUAAGUAUUUCCUACCUUUAAAAAUAAUGUGCUGUUUUAUCAUUCCAUCCGUGCUGCCAGUAUAUUUAUGGAAUGAGGAUUGGUAUUAUACUAUUAUUGCACAAAUUGCCCGAUACAUCCUGACAUUGAAUGUAACCUGGAGUGUUAAUAGUGCCGCUCAUAUUUGGGGUGCGAAACCCUAUGACAAGCAAAUAGCUCCAACAGAAAAUCAUUUUGUUGCUUUCGUAGCGAUGGGUGAAGGGUGGCAUAACUACCAUCACGUUUUCCCCUGGGAUUACAAGGCGGCAGAAUUAGGAAACUAUGAAUUGAACUACACGACAGCAUUAAUUGAUAUGUUUGCAAAAAUCGGCUGGGCUUAUGAUUUAAAAGAACCAUCUAAAGAAUUAGUCAGGACAGUGAUCGAAAAAAGAGGAGAUGGGUCUCAUCCAACUGAGGAACCUGAACCUAAAUGCGAAUAACAUUUUGUUAGGUUAUUUAUGUAAAAAUUUGUUUGAUGUAAUUCUUCUUAAGCUAUAAUAUUAUUUUCCGAAUUAUACUAUUGCAAUGUAAAUAAUUAAAUGAUCGAAAUAACUUGCCUAAGUGAAGAUAAGUAAAGAAUACUACUCGUAGGGGUGCGGCUCCUAAUACGGCGUACUCGUAUUUAAAGAAAUUGA